GCCAAGGACGAAGCCCUUUCGUCAUCCGUCAUGGAGUCUUUGACACGCCCGGUCUGACCACCAUGCUCAGUUCUUGGUCGGGGAAUACGAGGUGUUCUCGUGUUCGCUCUGGGGCUUGGAACAGGAGGAUGAUGCGACUGGUGAUGGCUCAAUCUGUAUAUAAGUAUAACAGGAGGUCCCUGUUGUUCUCCCUCCCCCAAGUUAACAUCAUCCCCAACUUGUGACGGCGAAACACCGAUACAGUCAUAUCUAAUAACGUUGCAUUCGCACACAUCUUCAGAAUGAAACUUUUCAGCCUUCUCAUCCCUCUUGCAACGGCCUCGUUCGCCGCCGCAGCCCCCGCCGUCACCGCACGCCAGUUCCAGGUCGGUGACAUCCUCUAUCCAUCCGGGACCUACCGCAACUGGGUCCAGACCGGCAACAUCAUACAGGACCCACAAGACCAGCUACUGGUCGUCAAGAACGGAAUUCCUGUAGAGGAAACAACCGCAAUUGUCACCUUCGACUUCCCGACAGACUCGCAGGGCAAGAAAUGCGAGCUUAUCUUUGAGUUGUGGGGGGACCGGGACCACUCCACGGGGUCCCAAACCCUUGACGUCUUUACCUACAGCGAUCCCCCGAGGGUUCUGUCGGACUUCGCGGCUGAGCUCAAGGGCAGGGACGUCCAUGUCGGCCGUAUCGUGGCCCCGCUGCAGGACAAUGCCACCUGGAUCCAGUCUUACCACGGCUACCCGGUGAUAGACUGCCCAGCGGGGCAGUAUCUUGGCUUUCAGUAUGUUGGUGUAGACGAUGCGGUGGAGGUUCGAUGGGAUAUUGGUGUGACCGGGCCAAGGUUCCGGAUUCAUUAUGACUAGAGUGCGGCGGUGAGGUAUUUUACUUUGUAAGGAUCGCUGGAGGAGGCGAACGAGUGAUAGGAAAUCGCGAGCUUUUAUUUUAUUCGGAAACUUGAAGACUGGGCUUUGUGAAUACCCGAUAGUAUCUUACAACUAGGUGCCUUGCCGAAUUUCGAAAAUCAUUGCAUCCAUCAGAGGGCAUAAUGUAUAAGAGGCUGGGCUUUAGGCAUGGCCGUCCUUUAACCUGACUGCGUUAACGCGAGAGAACCUGAAAUGAACGUCUUCUAUGUUGGCUGCCAAUUUGCCUCGGAGCAAGCUGAAUAUACGAGUUACGUGACAUGCCGCGCGGCGUAGACCUAGA